GGGCGGCACGCGAAUCGAACGGUCCAAAACCACCGUCGUAUAUAAGCCUACGCUGCACCAGCUGGAUGAACACGCGAGAGAGAGAGAGAGAGAGAGAGAGAGAGAGAGAGGCCGACUCGUUUGCUUCCCAAGAAAAGAAUCGAAGAGAGAGAGAGGGAAAGGGCGGACGAUGAUGAUGAUGAUGAUUAUGAGGUUGAUGAAAGUUCGUAUGUUGAAUUUGAACGUUCGUUGUUGAAAUGGUGGGAGGUAGAAUCGCCAACGUCAAUCCACAUCGCUGUGCGUUGAGUCGACGCUUUUGCUUGAGAUCAACGUCGUUGACGCCAUCGCCACCUUCACCUGCACCUUCUUCCUUGUGCGUUAGACGACCAUGAUCGCCUGUUCUGAAUCGUCAUUUGGAUCUCAGCCGCAGAUCCACUCUCUUUCUCAUGGACUCCGCAACUUCUCGCCCUGCUGUGGUCAUAGACAACGGCACCGGGUACACUAAGAUGGGGUUUGCGGGCAAUGUUGAGCCUUGUUUCAUAGUACCGACAGUUGUAUCAGUGAACGAGUCGUUUUUGAAUCAGUCUAGAAGCUCCGCGAAGGGCAAUUGGCUCGCACAACACAGUGCUGGCGUUAUGGCCGAUCUCGAUUUCUGUAUCGGAGAUGAGGCUCUUGCCAGAUCUCGUUCUAGUAGUACUUAUAAUCUUAGCUAUCCGAUUCGGCACGGGCAGGUCGACAAUUGGGACGCGAUGGAGCGGUUCUGGCAACAGUGUAUAUUCAAUUACUUGCGGUGUGAUCCGGAGGAUCAUUACUUUCUUCUAACGGAGAGUCCGCUUACUGCUCCGGAGAGUCGCGAGUACACUGGCGAAAUCAUGUUCGAGACCUUCAAUGUUCCCGGACUUUAUAUUGCGGUGCAGCCUGUGCUUGCUCUUGCUGCUGGGUACACAACAUCGAAGUGUGAGAUGACAGGGGUUGUAGUGGAUGUUGGAGAUGGGGCUACUCAUGUUGUACCUGUUGCAGAUGGUUAUGUCAUUGGGAGCAGCAUUAAGUCGAUUCCUAUUGCUGGGAAAGAUGUGACUCUGUUUAUCCAGCAACUCAUGCGGGAAAGAGGUGAGCAUGUGCCACCAGAGGACUCCUUUGAAGUUGCUCGGAAAGUGAAGGAAACUUAUUGCUACACUUGCUCUGAUAUUGUCAAGGAGUUCAAUAAACAUGACAAAGAGCCAUCUAAGUACAUUAAGCAAUGGAGGGGUAUUAAACCAAAGACAGGGGCACCGUACUCUUGUGAUGUUGGCUACGAACGAUUUCUUGGCCCUGAGGUUUUCUUUAAUCCUGAGAUUUACAACAGCGAGUUUAGUACCCCAUUACCAGCUGUAAUAGACAAGUGUAUUCAGUCCGCACCAAUUGAUACAAGAAGGGCUCUCUAUAAGAAUAUAGUGUUGUCUGGAGGCUCAACAAUGUUCAAAGACUUCCACAGAAGGUUGCAACGAGAUCUAAAGAAGAUUGUGGAUGCUCGGGUUUUAGCGUCUGAUGCUCGGUUUGGUGGAGAAGUUAAAUCACAGCCAGUGGAAGUCAAUGUUGUAAGCCAUCCUAUUCAGAGGUAUGCGGUUUGGUUUGGAGGCUCUGUACUCGCAUCAACACCAGAAUUUUUUGCGGCUUGCCAUACAAAAGCAGAGUACGAGGAAUAUGGAGCAAGCAUAUGCCGUACAAAUCCUGUGUUCAAGGGAAUGUAUUGAUGUGAAGAUCCAUCCAUUUCAAGUUGGUUUGGUGGGAUACACUAUUUGAUGGAAUGGCCUCAAUCCUGGCACUAAUACUGUGGACACCUCAAAUUGCUUCUUGUGCUGCAGUGCUCUCGACUUGUCAUGUAUAUUUUUUAGCUUAUGAGAGGUGAUGUAAAAUAGACGUUCAGAUGUCAUUUGUAAGAAAAUGUGUUUAUUGUAUUCUUUGAUUAGUGGGCAACAGGUUUUUUCCUUUACAGCCAACAGGAUGCUGCUAUAGUGUUUGUCAGGCAGGCUCAGCUUGCAUUUCAGGGUUAGAUAAAGAGUCAGCGAUUCAGGUAGGUGGGUUGUUAGCUAAGCUGAGUAUCAUUUUUAGUGUUAAGCUUAGUCGGAGUUAAAAUUUUUUACCCUUUUUUCUGGUUUUUUUGGGAGGGGAUUUGGCCUGGAAGGUUUAAUUCAUUUUGUACUUAACUGAAAGAUCCACAUAAUCGCCAAUUUGAAUUAGAGGUUUGUUUUGUUUGAUCCCAUUAAAA